AUGUCAUCUCUGGAAACGAUACGACACAGGCUGUCGAAACUGGAUUUCCCCUACGACAAGGGUCUACGAAAGAUCCAAAACAAAGAAGCAAUACCGAUAUCGUGGGAUUUGUACGAGAUAAGGACAAACGGAAGAGAUCACCAGGUGCCUGCUUUGGAAGAGGAUGAUGGAGGUUCCAUAAGUGAUUCAUCAUUGGAUACCACAUUGACCCAAUCCCCUCCUCGCACCUCGCACGUGGAAAACAUAAAAGUUUGGCUGGAAUCGAUGAACAAGUCGCCACCUCUGAAAUAUACCAAAACAAGCCCGCAAAUUCCAGAGACUCCCCAGGUUACACAGGAGUCACAGUUCCAAGAGACACUGUACUCCAAGAUCAACUGGGCCAGACUCCAGAUGAACUCCAAACUCCAACACGAUUUGUUCAUUGACUGCCACAUUUUGGAGAUAACCAACGGCAAGUUCGUGAACUUCAAUUGCUAUUAUCCGCCCAAACAACCUGGUGAUCUGGAUGAGAUGUUUGCUCUGCUAAUGCAGUAUACGGACAACGACUGCUUAAAGGUGGGUGCCGUGCUAUAUUACAUUUUAAAAGACUACGGGUCAGAAAUUGGGAGAAUUAUUGAUACUUUGGACAUCACUGAUGAUCUUAGACGCCUCAUGGAUACCAUUUAUUUUUAUGACAGAUUCAGCCUUUCCAAAAGUCUUCAACAGAUAAGGCAGACCACUUUCAAUUUGGACCCCGCAAAACUACUGCGAUACGCCACAGUGAUACCUUUUUGCCCAAGCUGGAAAAAAAUAGACACAAAUGACUGCAUAAAAAUCAUCCAGAGCGAAUCGCAACAUUUGGCGAGUCUGGGGUUAUUGGAGACAAUGAAGGUACUGAAUACCAAUGAGCUCCCAGAGUCUCUCCAUAGAACCCUUGCCGACGCAUUGGUGGACCAGUUUCCGGAGCCUCCAGAUUUCUGGAGCCUUGUCAAACAUCACCACAUAGAAAGCCAGAAAAUAGUCUCGAGCAUUUUUGACAAGACCCUGGCUCAAAAGAUCGCUUUUUCCAGACUGAAGGCCCAAGGCAGGCCCAUCACUCCAGAAUUGCACGAAGAUAUAUGGCAAAUCUUUUCAAUCCAAAAACUCCUCGGCACAAAUGCAAAGGAUUACCCUUAUGAAGAAAUCAUGAAAACUCUGCGAAUCCUCGAGGCAAACAAGAGGUACGCUUCUCUCUCGCAAGAGGUGAGAGAGCUGGUGGGCCUUAGCAGCGAGUUUUCGUUCCUCCGAAUCUAG